AGAAAACCAAAAAAAACAGAAAAAUUUCAGAAGAAUACAGGAAAAAAAUUGAUCGAUUGUACUCAUAUAUGGUCAAUAGUUUAUGUUCUGUCUCAUAUUUUCUUUAUUCAUCUAAUAAGUUAAAUCAUUAUACAAUUCAAUUCAUUUUCAUUAUCAUUGAUAUUACUGUCAAGGUCAUCAUAAUUAUUUAUAAUAAUAAUAAUAAUAAUAGUAGUAGUAAAGUUUAAUGAUUUUGUCAAAAGAGAAAUGUUUUAAUUCAUCUCAUGCAUGAAUUAUCCAUUAGAGUAGUAACCAAUGGGAGAAUCAAAACAUGUUUAUAAAUACGAUGUUUAGCAUUACUAUUCGUCUAAAUGUAUGCUCUUUUCCUUUAUAAUAGUAAUAAUAAUAAUAAUAUACAUAGAUUAUAUUACAGAAUCCCGUAACUACGCCCUAAACUAUCAAUAUAAAUAACAAAUAUCAGAAGUUUGUAAAUUCAAAGGAAUUAAUUAGCAUUUUUCGUCAAAUGGAUACAGCUCGAUUCUCAUAACCCCACCCCACCCCAAAAAAACACAUAAACUACAAAGAUAUCUUUUUUUUAUUUAAUAUACAGUCUGUACAUUCAUUACAUAAUCUAAGCAACAACCAUACAUCAUUACUACUAUUAUCAGUAUUUUGUACUUAAUUCUUUGGAUGUAUAACUUGUUAUAAUAAUGAUGAUUAUAUCAUUAUUAAUUAAUUAUAAGCCAAUUACUUUAUUAUAUAAUGAAUUUUCAAUGAAAUCUGUGGAGACUACAUGAAUUAAUUCGUAUGAUUAUGCAAUGAAAAUUCAUACUCACCAUUUACAUGUAAAUAUAUAUGUAUUCAUAAAUUAUCCCAUUCUUAUAUUACAUAGAAAUAGAUAAAUUGAUUGAUACCAAUAUUAUAUAAAAUGGAUAAUAUACCAGAUCUAUCACAUUUAACUCCAGAAGAAAGGAGAAUUAUUGAAGAUGUAAUGAAUAGACAAAAACAAGAGGAGGCUAAAGAUUCACAACUAGUUAGCAAAACCAUACCUGUAGGAAAUCAAAGUAUCAGAGAUCCAAUCACCACUUCACGCUCAACACAUAUAACUAAUCCCAGUGAAAAAUCUCCAAUCAAUAUUGCCACAGUUAAUGGUAAGAAUGUGACUAAACUAUCCUCAACAAGCAACACAAAUACCUCAAUACCGUUUGGUAAUACAGUAGUCAAUUUAAUGGCCGAAGCUGCACACGCUGUUACUGGAGGCGGUACAGGAACCACUGGUGGUUUUAGUGCUGGUCAUUCAGUGAAUGUAUGUGAAUCAUGCCAUAAAACUAAAUUUGCUGACGUUUCUGGAAAUCCAUGUAUUUAUUGCAAACGUAGGACGUGCACCAGAUGUGGAGGUCACAUGGAAAUCAAACCGAAUAUAGUUCACUGGGUCUGUAAACAAUGCGCACAAAAUCUCACAUCAGAUAGACAAAUAGUAACAACAUCUGGUGGGAAUUUACCUCAUCAUAUGGAAUCCUCAGCAAAUAGUAGUAUUACUGGACGUUUGGGUGAAAGUAUUAAGGAUUUUAUUUCCAAACCGAAAUCAUCAGAUGUUAAAAGGCAAUUACCCCAAUUGAAUGUAAAAAAUCAAAAUGUACCAUAUAUUUCCGAUGGAUCCAGAGGACAAACAAUACAACAUAGAAAUUCAGGUCGUACUCUAGCAAUGAAUCGAUCAAAUAGUUUAGAUGCAGAUAAGACGGCCUAUAUUAGCCCAGAUCAUUCUGUGUACCAUGGUGAUCAACAGAGACCAUUUGGUGAUAAAUUUAUAAAAUAUGAUCAAAUUCCUGGUGAGUAUGGUCAUAGUGCAAGAUCUAGGCAUGCAUCCGGUGCAUAUUAUCCAUCAGAUGAAAUCACUUCAUACAGAGAAGUGAAUAAUCGUUGUCCUCCUAAUGAUCCCCGAUUACAUGGUAAUACCUAUUUGGAUUCUACAUAUCCAGGUGAUUCCUUCCCUUCUGAUCCAUCGGAUUCACCAUGUCAAAGUGGCGGUGGUGAUAGUGGUACAAAAUAUGGUUUGUCUUAUGGAAAGGGUUCAGCGCAUGAAUUUGGCAGACAUCAAGAAAUCAGGUAUAGAAGUGAUCAAAAUUUUCCUUCGCAAUCACCAUAUUACAAACAAAACUAUUCCUCUAGUCCUUUUAGUGCACAACGACGAAAUAAACCAAAUUGGGAAACAUAUCGUUAUGGUGCUGUACCACCAAGGUAUCGUGACCAAUUACGUCAUCAUCAGUUACAUCAUCUUUCAUUUAGUAGUUCAGAUGGAGAAGAUUUCAGUGUUGUUGAUGAUGGCUCAGUACUAUAUCAAGAACCAAGACGUCGAUUAUUACCGACAAAUUUUGAAAGAAAAAAUUCACCAUAUUCUCAAGGAACUGUGACAGAUGAUGAUGAUCCAGCUAGUCAAUUUUAUAUUAGUAAACGUUCAACAACACCAUAUUACGAUAGACAGUUAAAACCAACUGUAUGGGAUCAAGAUAAAGCAUUAUCUUUAUGUGAUGAACCACCAGUAAGAUAUGCGUACAGUGAUGAAGCUCAACCUGUAUAUCAUAGACAACUACCUGAGAAUAGAUCUAUGGGAUAUCAAAAAGAUGUUCAAUACAACCAUAAAGAUGGAACAAUUGUUACAAAAAGGUUACCACCGAAUAUUUCAUCAUCUCAACCAGUAACUUGGAGUGUUUCAGAGAAUGGUAAACGUUUAAUUGGUCAUAUGAUUUUACAAAAGAAAACUGAUCCACAUUUUGGUGAGCCUGGAUUAGGUCUUAAAUUAGCUGGUGGUCGACUCGACAAAUCUGGACAUUUAUCAGCAUUUGUGACACAAAUUAAACCAGGAAGUCCAGCAGAUAUUAUUGGGCAUUUAAAAUCUGGUGAUGAAAUUUUAGAAUGGAAUGGACAACCAUUACGCGGUCUUAGUGCUGAUGAUGUUUCACAAAUCAUAUAUCAGUCAAGAGAUGAAUUACAAGUGGAAUUAUUAGCUCAAAGAGAAUUGAAUGAACCUGCAAACACACCAACUGAUGAUUUUGUAUUAAUGGUUCCGAAUCGUUCUGAUUGUCUUAAUCCGAAUGAAAUGGAUUCCGUUGAGCAUAAUAUUAAAUCUAGUUUACAUCUGAAAUUAUUCUACGACGAAAUUAAACAUCAAUUAAUUGUCACUAUUCUAGAGGCUCGAAAUCUACCUAAUAUAAAUAAGGCUUCUAGAAUGCCAUGUAAUUUUUAUUGUCGUUUGUGCCUUCUUCCAGAACAAAUAGAGUACAAUUCUCGAUGCACAAAACUAGUCAGUUGUAGUGGUAAUAAUACAAAUCCUGUAUGGAAUCAAGUUUUUCGAUUUACCAAUUUCACAGAUAAUGAUUUGAACAAAUUACAUUUAGAAAUUACAAUAUGGAAUUGUAAUGAAUAUUCCGAUGAACAAUAUAAAAUUGGCGAGACUGUAAUUGAUCUCAGUGUAGCCGAUUUAUUAGAUGUUGGAUAUUGGUAUCCAAUAAGAUCAUUUCAUCGUUUCUUUUCUGCAACAGAAUUGUCAAAUAUGAAUCCUGAUGUCAACUCUGCUCCAUACGAUCUCCAGCCAUGUACUACUACACAAGUUCCAGAAAGACCAAUUAAAUCAAGAUAUCGUGAAUCAGAACAACAAUGGUCACCGAAAUCUGAGUAUCGUCAUUCCGAUAUACCUGAUGAUAAUACUAGAAAAUUGAAAUCCAUACGAGAUGACUAUUCUGAUAUUGAUGAACAGAGAUUUUCUGCAUCUAUUAGACAGAAUAGGAAAUUUACUGAUCAUGAAUAUUAUCGAGAUGGAACUGAAGGGCAUCAUCGUGGUUCAAGGCUACAUCCUAGUGCUCAAAAUUUUGAAUACGGUGGCCUAGAGGAGAAUGCUAUCCAAUCAGAUGCUUCAGAAUUUUCUGAUCUUUCUGAAAUAUCUAGAAUGAGUUUACAUACAAGUCAAUCAGAUCGUCAACGUAUGGAAUCAAUACAAACAUCACGUAAUGGAAGUCAACAAUUUGAAACUCCUACACAAUCCUAUAAUGAAAGACAUUCUAGAAAUCUACAAAAACCAGAUAGAUUAGAUCAAAAUUUUCUACCGUCUGUUGAACAAUCAACAAGAGCUAGAAGAGAUUCAAAUAGGAUAGAAAAAGAUAUCAUUGUCCCUACUGAAGAUGAAGAACAACAUGAAUUAAUUACAAAAGAUAAUAGAAAUUUUAAAAGUGGUUCUAGUCCAAGGGUUACAUCAACUGAUGAUUAUGGAGGUGGUCAAGUUUCACGAUCUUUAAUAGAGAAUAAAGUAUCUAAUUUUGAAAUAGCUCAAAAUGUUCAUAGAGAUCAAGUGGAUGGAAGGAAAAGACGACCAAAUAUAGGCCAAAAGUUUUCUAAUGUCCUUGGCCGAUCCAAUAAGAGUAGCAGUACAUCAACUCUAGAUAAAAAAUCAAGAACGAGUUUCCAACGUAGUGAAGAAGUAUUACCAUUUGGAGGAUAUGGUGCUAUAUUUGAAGGUCAAGAACAAGAAGGAUCAUUUAGUCAUGGAAGAUUAUCAAUGAUGCAUUGUCAAUCAAGUAUAAGUAGUGGAAAAAGUGACGGUCGAAAUUCUAGAUAUGGUACAAAUUCAGAUACUACUGAUCAAGAAAGUGUUUAUAUGGGUCGUAAUGAAUCUCACGUUGGAGAAUUUGUUGAAGGUCUUGGUCCAGGACAAUUAGUUGGACGACAAGUACUUGGAAUGCCCUGUCUUGGAGAAAUACAAUUAAGCUUUUAUGAUCGGAAAGGUCAUUUAGAAGUUGAAGUAAUUCGUGCUAGAGGUUUACAACAAAAAAAUACAGCUAAGCCAUUACCAGCUCCAUAUGUUAAACUGCAUUUAUUGGAAGGCAAACAAUCUGUAGAAAAUUACGAACAAUGUAUCCUCCAAGACGUACAUUGGAUCCACUUUAUCAACAACAAUUAUGUUUCUCAGUUCCGUAUCAUGGAAAAAUUCUUCAAAUCAGUGUAUGGGGUGAAUAUGGACGUAUGGAUAAGAAAGUAUUUUUAGGAAUGUGUGAAAUUGUUCUUGAUGAUUUAGAUUUAAAAACAGUUGUAUUUGGUUGGUAUAAAUUAUUUGGAAUGAUUGCAUCGAAUGCACAACAUCAUCACCAUCAUCAUAAUCAUAAUCAAAAACAACAACAACAAGAAAGACGAAAAAGUUUAUCAUCUUCUUCUACACCAUUAGAUAAUGCACAGAAUAUAAAUAACAAUAAUAAUAAAUUAAUUGGAUCUAAACUUGACAAAUUAACUAAUCGUAGCAGUAGUAUUAGUAGUAGCAGUAAUCAUAAUAAUAAAAAUAAUGAACGUAAUAAUCGAACAAAAUCUAAAUCCUCACAAGAAAUCAAUAAAUCUAUACAACAAUCAGGAUACAAUAAAACUAAUAAUGAUCGGAUACAAUCUAAUUUGAAUAUGAUUUCAUCGAAUUUAAUAAAACGAUAGUAAUUACAUCAGAUGCUCAUUUAUACAUAGAAAUAAAUGAAUAGAGAAUGUUCUUUUAUUAACUAACCCCCCCUUCCAGAAAUAUAUAUAUAUAUACAUUAUAUCAUUCUUAAAACAUAUUUUUUCUAUAGUAACUAACAUAUUACAA